UGUCAGCCACAUGCAUUUCUGAUUUUACGACAAUCGACAUUAAACAGAAUUCUCAAUAGGAGAUUGAUGUGAGCUAUACCUCACAGUGAAUUUGAAAUUCUACAUAGAUACUGAAUUUCGCUUUUGUAACAAUAGCAGUAAGAGAUAAGAAAUAGAAUGGAUGAUAUUGAUCAGUUCUUUCAAAAUUCGCACUAUAAUAUCAUUCGAGUGCUGUUAGGUAUCACUGGCCUGUGGCCUUUCUAUUCGCGAAAAAGACGUUACGCAAUGUAUCUUUUAUUAAUAUUGUUGCUUGGAUCUGGAUUUAUAUUCCAGAUAUUGGGUAUAAUUGAAGUUUGGGACGAUUCCUAUGAACUAAUCAAUGCGAUACCGAUGUUAUUUUACACUUUGGUAGCUCUAAGUAAAAUAAUCAGUACGAUGUAUACAUUGCCACAGAUAAAAAUACUUCUAAUAAAAAUGCAAGAAUACUGUCUUUCCCCAAAGUCGGACGAGGAAACUAAGAUAUACAAUUCACACGCGGAAUAUGGGCGAAAGUUCGGCUGCGCUUAUACGGGUUUCUUAUUAGGCCAUAGCGUCCUUUAUGUUCUUACAUCAUUAUCGGCAAAAAUUUUCUACACGGAAUUCAACAAGACUGAUGAAUUAUCAGAUAAAGUGCCGAAUUCCCAGAUAGGACUACCACAUCGCGCUAAUUACAUAGUUGAUAUAAACACGUAUUACGUUCCAAUUUUUAUACAUGCCGGAAUGUGUGAUUUUAUAAGCACGUUUAUAAUAACUGUAUUCGAUGUUCUGUAUCUAACAGUGAUCGAAUACUGUUGUGGUUUGUUCGCAGCUCUGAGAUACCGAUUGGAAAUCGCGUUAGAAUUCAAUAACAACAAAUUAACAAUGUCAAAAGACAAAUCUUACUCGAAUGUCGUGUACAGUAUUCGCAGACAUACGGAAUCGAUCCAAUUUGUUGCUAUCGUGGAGUCAAUAUAUAGUUUAUCUCUCUCUAUUCAGAUGGGAUUAGUUAUACUUAUUCUAAGUUUGCUAUUAUAUCAGGUGUUAAACGACAUAGGAAACAUUGAUCGCAUUUUAAAACCUAUAGCUUAUUUAAACGGAGCUUUAUUUAACGUAUUCUUUGAAAAUUGGCAGGGUCAAAAAGUCAUAGAUUCCAGCGAAAAAGUGUUUGAUUCCGCAUAUAAUACCGAGUGGUAUAACAUGCCAAUAGCAGCAAGAAAGCUUCUCAUAAUGCUGAUGAUGAAAAGUAAAACACCAUUGAUGUUAAGACUGAGCAAAAUGGUUGUAUUAUCAUAUAUAACUUUCAAUACGGUCUUGCGUACAUCAUCGUCGUACUUUAUGCUGUUGCGAUCUCUGUAACAAAAAUUUGUAACGCAACUAAUAGCAUUUUUUACAUUAACGUAUUAUCGUUCAUCGUGUCCUAGUAGUAGAUAAAAACCUAGUAGUAGAGAUCAUGUAAUAUUGCACAUUCAUACAAUUUUUUUCUUUAAUAUUUCUUUUUUGUACAAAUAUUUCAAUAAAAUGAUAAAAAUCCCAUUAUUAAUUUCUAAAGUAAAUUUUUUAAAACUAGAAUCUAUAGUCUGUUACAAAUCAUCAUAUAAAAUAUUUAUCAACAUAAAAAAAAA